AAGCUUACAGAUUUUAUUUAUUUAUUUAUUUAUUUAUUUAUUUAUUUAUUUAUUUUAAGAUUCAUUUACUUUUUUGUCAAAACGAUUUUUCAUUGGGGAAGGGCUCAGGAAUCCUUCUUGGCUGCUGCCUUCCUCAUGGCUGCCAGUACGUUGUUCAGCUCCUCCUACUUUCUCUUGUCUCAGAUGUGCGUGCCCACCCUCUUCUUGAUGAACUUGAGUGCACGCUUGUCCUUGGACACUUUGAGCAACUCCAGGGCGUGCUGCUCAUGGGACAUGAAGCAGCACACCUCCGGGAUCAUGUCCUGCACUAACCUGGUGAGGCGCCUGUGGUGAGGCUAUGUCUUGGUUUGCUGAUGUGGCCCUUGUUGAGGCCCACGGCCAUGGGCUAGCGCAGGGCCAUGGCUGCUGCUCUCCGAUGGCAGUCUAUUUAUUUAUUAUAUAUAAGUACAUUACAGAUGGCUGUGAGCCACCAUGUGGUUGCUGGAAUUUGAACUCAGGACCCUUGGAAGCGCAGUCGUGCUCUUAACCACUGAGCCACCUCUCCAGCUUGCUCCCAGAUUUUAAAGUUGGCAGACUCUGAACCAUGCUUGGCUCAGCAGAGUGACUAUGAGCCAACUCACAGACGACUUUGCACUGUUAGGGGUAGUGAGGAGCUUGUCCUCCGAGACCAGCAGUACACCCUACAGCACAUGGGUGAAAAUCACUGAGCAAAGACGCGAAGUUCUGAAACCACUGGGAAACCAUAGAGGAACCAUCAAGAUGUUGAUAGCUAUUGUUUUCUGGUUAGUUCCUUCAAAACACAUAAGACAGGAAAAAUUGACAAAUGGAAUUAUAAAAAACUAAUUUUUAAAACAAUUAUGUACAACAAAGAAAAUCAUCAUCAGAGAAAAAAGACAACACAAUGAAAGAGAAUCUAUCCAUGGUUAUUGACUGUGACCAGAAGUGGGUAGAAUCCAGCAGACUCUAACCACAGGGCCGUGACUGUGGAAAAGGCAUCUGACCCUAAUCUGUUACCAGGGAGAAUCCUGAAUCAUUUCAAGGAGGUCAUUUCUAGAUUGUCUCGAUUUUGUUUUCAACAAUAUUCCAAGAAGGAUAUUGAAUCAAAUCUGGGUUUGAUUCCCAUCUAAAACCAGCAACAGUGAGGACAGACAACAGAAUCCCACCAGAUCUGCACCUGGGUGCCAUCUAGUGUUAAAACGAGGAUGUGACAACAGGUUCUCUCAGGAGAAACAGGCUCAAAGUUUGUGUAGAGUAUCCGACCCCUGGGUGCACAUGUGUCACACCACCUUGCACCAAGAGUUUUUAGGGAACACUGAGCUUGUCUAGUACUCAAAGUGCCAGAAACUGACCAUGCAGUAACCUGCAUGGGCAAAGCCUCAAUGAGAAGCUGAACUCAUUAAAGGAAAUUUGGUAAUCUUUUUUUUUUUUUUUUUGGUUCUUUUUUUCGGAGCUGGGGACUGAACCCAGGGCCUUGAGCUUCCUAGGCAAGAAAUUUGGUAAUCUUAAGGAAAAUACAGAAAAGUCUCAGUAUCUUAUUGAGAAUCUCAAAAAGCUGAAAGCAACUGAACAAUUCCCAAGAUGAAAAAUAUUCACGGUAAAAUUGAAAAUGUCAUGGGAGCCAUCAAAAACAGAUUAGACAGAACCAGUGAGCUUCAAGAUGGGCUACUUAAAAUGCAUGUUUGGAGACAAACGAAUGAGGAAGGAAAAAGGCUUAAUGGGAAAACUGGGAACUACUGCAACAUCAUGGACCUAAGUUCUCAUAUAAAUAAGAAAACUCAGAUUUUCAAGCUCCAAGCUGGUACAUGGAAAAUGGCAGAAGCCCAUAAAUGACAAUGAUGAGAAUGUGUUCCAGCUAAGUGUAGCUCACACCUGUGGGGUCAUAUUUAUACUCCUUCAUCACUGGUCCUUUCACGUGUUUGCUAUAGCAAGGCAUCUUUUUACCUGUGUCUGCUUCAGGAAAACAUCCUUUCACCCGUGUGCCCCGGCAGACCAUCAUUCGACAUAACAGACUUUCCAAAGAAACCAGAAAUUUCCACUUACAUACCUGUAAUCCCAGCACGCAGGAGGCAGAGGCAGAAGAACUGCUCUAAGUUUAAGGCCAGCCUGGGAUAUAGGUAAAGUCUGUCUCAACAAACAAAAACUAGUAAAUACAAAUAUGAGUGGAAAGUUAGUAGUCACUGGUAGCUGAAGCCUGUGGUAAAGAGGCUCUGCGUGCAGUCGAGAAGCUGGGCAACAGUUUGAGGAUAGCUAGGGAGUAGAAACAAACACAGAAGACUUGAUCCAGUUGAAUUUGAGGCUGGUAAUGAGGUUCGUUUUUCUAUAUAUAAAGAAUGAAUAGAUUUGCACUAGGAGUAAGACACAAAGUCCACUUGAGGUACAUGUGAGCCUUAAAGAGUACUCAGUUUCUCUUACUUUUGUUAUUAACUAGCUAAAGAUUGCACCCAAUCCACAGAGAAGUAUAGAGAGGUCAUGAAAAUACACUUUGAACAUUUUUACCCUACUCUAUAAAACCUCUCUUCAAUAAGUGAGACAUAAUGGGAUGGGGUCUCUCAAAAGCAGACUGUUUCCCAGAUAUAACAUCACCAAUAAUAUGGAAAUUAACCUAUGAGGUCAGGCAGGUCAUCCUAGCAGCAUAGCUCGGUGGUACAGCUUCGCUUGUAUCAGGCCCCAAAUCUGAUCCCAAGCACCAAACAAAACAACAACAAAACAAAAGCAUGAUAGAAAACCAGAGAAGCAAACUGUUGAUUGAUUGGUUAACAAGUUUCACUCUCUGGGAAAAAUUAACUUUUAUGCUUGCUAGUUUUGAAAAUUGUUAUUUUAAAAAUAGCAGGGUCAAAUUGUUUAGUUUUGACAUGCUGUGAAACUCAACUCUCAGGGGAUAGUUAUUACCCUAAAGGAAACUGACUCUGGAGACAAGGGAUCAGGUGUAACUAAAGGAACAACAGCCUAGCCUCUAUCCAAGCAAGAGCCUGUCACUUCACACCUGGGGAUGGGGACAGAAAAAGGGACACAGAAGAGCUGCCAAUAAAUCUACAGCUAAGUUUGCAUUUUAGACUUCUAGUAACACAUUAUUAAGCCCAUUUCACGGAUGAGGGGAUGGAGAUACAAAGAAAUGCAAUAUGCUCAAAGUCACACACUAUUAACAUGUUAGAUUGGAUUUUUAAUUUAGGAAAUCUUGGCUUGAGGCUGUGUUUAAUCCCAUUCAACCAUGAACCUUAAGUCAAGUAGGAAUUUAUGAUUAAUUGUAGUAAUCUUGAAAGCCUGGAGAUUAAAUUGCCACCAGAGGGCAUGCAUUUGUCCUUAGUUUGAGCGAUGAAAUUCCCCUUCUUAGUAAAGGGAUAUACACAAAGUGAAACACUGUGAUUUGAAUGGUUGGUGUACAGUUUAGUACUUAUUGUAGUCAAGAUUUCCCAGUCUCUUUCUUUUUGGUAGCUGUUAACUAAUCCUUACCUACCAACCAAGUAAAUAAUAGUAGUUCUUUGCAACAGUGUUGGUAGGAUUAAAUAGCGAAAACACAAAAAAAAGCACUUCAAAAAGUGAUCUCUGUGUAAACAUUCGUAAUAAAUACGCCUUUCUUAUAACUUUUUUUUCUUUCUUUUGGGUAAUCCCGAGUUUUAAGUGACAACGCGUGACUCUAAAAUUUGGUAGCAAAUGGGUGGAAAGGGAGCUGGAAUGGGCUUCCUUUCCAGCAUUUCGGAGCCAACUUCUUUUCCAAAGCCGCUCUAUUUCGUCCUGUGCUGUGAGGGGCAACGGACUACACUAUCUUGCUUUGUUGUGUAGCUUACAUGUAAAGAAACGUUAAGCACACUGACCGAACAAUUGAAGCUGUUCCCCAAGCCCGACAAGGGACGUUUAGGUGUUCUUGACCGGAAUAAAUGAAGACGCAAAGCUAUUGGCCGCUCAACCACCUGAACCACACAGUGCUGCCCGCGCCUUAAGGUGCCUAGUGACCAGUUCCGGUCUGUAGAGCAUGACUAUAUGAAGGAAAAGGAAGGUUUUUCUGAAGAUGAGGCGACUGAAUCGGAGAAAAACCUUAAGUUUGGUGAAAGAGUUAGAUGCCUUUCCCAAGGUUCCUGACAGCUAUGUGGAGACAUCAGCCAGUGGGGGAACAGUUUCUCUAAUAGCAUUUACCACUAUGGCUUUAUUAACAAUAAUGGAAUUCUCAGUGUAUCAAGAUACAUGGAUGAAGUAUGAAUACGAAGUAGACAAGGAUUUUUCUAGCAAGUUGCGAAUCAACAUAGACAUUACCGUUGCCAUGAAGUGUCACUAUGUUGGAGCAGAUGUACUGGAUUUAGCAGAGACCAUGGUUGCUUCUGCAGAUGGUCUGGCUUAUGAACCAGCACUGUUUGACCUUUCACCACAGCAGAGAGAGUGGCAGAGGAUGCUGCAGUUGAUUCAGAGUAGGCUGCAAGAAGAGCAUUCCCUUCAAGACGUGAUCUUCAAAAGUGCGUUUAAAAGUUCAUCAACUGCACUGCCACCAAGGGAAGAUGAUUCAUCACUGACUCCAGAUGCGUGCAGAAUCCAUGGUCAUCUCUAUGUCAAUAAAGUAGCAGGGAAUUUUCACAUAACUGUGGGCAAGGCAAUCCCACAUCCUCGAGGGCAUGCACAUUUGGCAGCACUUGUCAACCAUGAUUCUUACAACUUUUCUCACAGAAUAGAUCAUUUGUCUUUUGGCGAGCUUGUUCCAGGAAUUAUUAAUCCUUUGGAUGGAACUGAAAAGAUUGCUGUAGAUCACAACCAGAUGUUCCAAUAUUUCAUUACAGUUGUGCCAACAAAGCUACACACAUACAAGAUUUCCGCAGAUACCCAUCAGUUCUCUGUGACAGAAAGGGAACGCAUCAUCAACCAUGCUGCAGGCAGCCACGGCGUCUCUGGAAUAUUUAUGAAAUACGAUCUCAGUUCUCUCAUGGUGACAGUCACUGAGGAACACAUGCCUUUCUGGCAGUUUUUUGUAAGACUCUGUGGUAUUAUUGGAGGAAUCUUUUCAACAACAGGCAUGUUACAUGGAAUUGGAAAAUUUAUAGUGGAAAUAAUUUGCUGUCGUUUCAGACUUGGAUCCUACAAGCCCGUCCAUUCUGUCCCCUUUGCGGAUGGCCACACAGACAACCACUUACCUCUUCUAGAGAACAACACACAUUAGCACCUCGUGGGUGGAGAAAAACUUUUUGCCUGAGACAUAAAGCCUUUUCUAAUAAUAAAAUGUUGUGCAAUAUAUUCAAAGAAAAAGAAAAUAUGAGAACCCGGAAACUUACUUAUUUAAAAAAAAAAAAAAGAAAAAACAGCCAAGGAAAAUAAACAAGCUGAAGUCGUCGUGUAUACGUUGUGUCUGUUACAAAUGUCCUAGAAGAAAUUAUGCAGCUAACUGGAGACUCAACCCAGCCAACAGUGCCAGGUGAGGACAGUGCCUCCGAAGCUCUCCCAGCAAACAGACAAUAUGGAGGCAGGGCCUCGAGGAUGGACGUGAACCCAUACUUAAAGAAAAGGGCGUUGAUAAAUGAAAACGUAUGUGUGCGUCCUUUUUAAAGAUGUCAGAAUAAAACGUGUAAAACAUGGAAACUAGUCUAGACUUUACAAACUGUAAUCAGCUCAUGUGGUUAAUAAAGGAAGCAGGGACUGACCCUGUGUUACAGCCAUAUUAAUGUUAAGCCAUAUUGACAAGAUGGUGUUGUCCAGUUUGGGGUUCUGGUGAUGGUCACUGCUUUCCUUUGAACUCCAGUCGCUGACUUUCCUGACUGUUGAAGGUUGAGUCUUAGAAGACUUAAGGUGAAGUUUCCCAAGGCCAGGUGCACAAGUGCUGUGGUGUGUAACAGGUGUCACUCGCAGCUUGUACAAGGGACUCCAUAGGGAGAAGAAAACAAAUGUUUAAAAAGAUAAACGUUCACAAUUUGUAAAGCGUGAAGGGAAACGCCAAGUGCUGUGUGCUUGUGAGGAGUGGAAAACUGGAUAGCUAAUUCUGACGGGCGGAGCAGUGUCCUUACAAGAUGUUCAGUCUGAUGCAGCCUAGGCACAGCUGUAAAACCGGACAGGGCGCUGCCCUCAGGGCUCUGCACAGAAGUGAUGAGGCUACAGUGACUUGAAGGAGCCCUGUCCAGUGCUGUUAGUUAGAAACUGCCAGCCUCUUUUCCCACUGACUCUGAAGGGCAGAAGUUAAUCACUGGAGGUUAAGUCAUUGAAAGAGAAGACGGUUUCAGUCCCUGUCAGACACAGGACUGCAUUGACAGUGGUGGCUUAGCAUGUGGCCUGUCACAAAUUAGUGUUUCAAGUGAAAUGUUUUUAAUCCUUAAAAACAGCUCUCUUCAAAGAGGGUAUCAAUCAGGGAAGGAGGAGACGCCAACAAACGAUUUAGCAGUAUAGUGCGAAAAAUGGCAUUUUGUAGAAAAUAAGACAUUUUGGUUAAAGUAUUAAGUAAGAGUCAAGAGGUUAAGUGACUAAUACUAUUAUAAUGUUUUAAAAUUUUUUAAAUGGGUCCAGGAAACUUCAAAUUAUGAGUCUUCUCUGAGGUUUUUGUUUUGUUUUUCCCCUUAAAUUUUAUAGUUGGUCUAGAAACAGAACAUCUCCCCAGAAGAAUUUUGAAGUUGGUCACUUGAGACUGAAUGUCUACUCGCUAGGGAAUUCAGUCAGUUUUCAGGGAAGAAAAUACUGAUUUAGAGUUAUUUUCAGUAUUAUGUUUUUUAAAAAGAUUUAAGAUUAUUUUAAAUUAUUUCAAUGUUUUCUAAAUGCCACAUUAAAAAUUUUGAGAUGUAUCUUUUCCAUUAAAAUUGACUGUACAGGAA